UUUCUUGAGUUUGUUGGCCUGCUGGUGUGGCUGUGGCUGUGGCUGUGGCGUCACGCAAGCCUACCAAAAAGCAAAGCUUGGGGAUUUCAUCCACCUCUUCUUCUUCUUCUGAACCUUGCUCCUCCGAGCGAGCGAGCGAGCUCUCGCUGUCAGAGAAGCAAUCGAUCAAGGAGCCUUCUUACUCGUCGUCUCGGUUGGACCGGGAUCUGAUCUCAACAAGUUUCCGAGUUAGGUUAAUUCUUCCUCCACCUGCUCCUAGACGACAGACAAUUCGAGAUCGGUCCAUCCAUUUUGCGCGCGGUGGUGAUCGAUAGACAGGACAGAACCCAUGAUGAAUGUGCUCUCCAGCGGCCACCCCCAGAACCACCUGCGCGUAAUCCAUCACCACCAACACGACAUUUUAUCAUGUCCACGGCGGAGCAGCUCAGGCCAGCUCGCAGUCAACCCUCAUCCUAGCAUCACGCGGAGGCCUUCUUCCAGCUCCUUCCGCCGAGGCGCCGUCAGAGCCGUCAGAGCCGUCGCCGACGGCGGCGAAUCCAGCAGCGGCAAAGACGACGACGACGACGACCAAGAAGAAGAAGAGAAGCGAAGAAACGGCGACGACAACGAGUUGCAGGGCACGUCGUCGUCGUCGUCGUCGAGGCGGAACAGGGAGGACCUGGAGCGGCUGGUGGGCGUCCCCGACGACGACGGCUUCAGCGGGCUCGACCUGGCCACGCUCAUCCGGAAGCGCUACGGCCGGAGCUACGACGUGACGCUCAUCCGGAAGGAGUUCAUGGGGCGGAACCUGCUGGCGAUGAACGUGAUGUGGAAGUACCGGGAGCAGCGGUCCUUCCCGCUGACGGAGGAGGAGUACCUGCUCCGGCUGGACGACGUGGCCAACACGCUCCGCUCAUGGGGCGCCGUCGCCCACGUCCGCAACUCGCUCGAGACCACCAAGGACCGCCCACGCAUCGGCAAGGCCGUCAGCAUCUUCAUCGACGUCGACUCCGCCGGCGGCGGCAAGCGCUCCGACGAGUGGAUCUACAAGUAGCUACCGUAGUGAUCGAACGAACCCGCACACACUCUACUUCAUCAUCCUCUUAAUUCCUGCUUAAGUGCUUAGGGGGGGGGGGGGGGGGGGGAGCAUUUGGACUCAAUCAUCCAACGAGUGAAGGAUAUGGAAUAUGGAAUCGGAAUGAUGCUAAUUAAUGUCAGAUAUGGAAUAUGGAAUCGGAAUGGAUGAUGGUUCUAUA